AUGUUUUGUGCAUCGCAAGCAUCGACGGCUACGGCUAACCACGACGAACGGCGCGUCGUGGCACGAGCCAUCGACCGUCAUAAUCCGAUUAUCAAAGAUGGUCGGAGAUCUUACACGGCACCGUGCUCUUCCGGCGACGACUACAUUGCUCCGUACCGUCAGCUUUCAAAAAUGACGAGAGUACCCUCAUCCUCAUCCGGCGACGGGAAGAUGAUUCAGGUGGAUAAGGGAAGGAAGAGCAGUUCAGGGUCGUUGUUGAAGUUAAUCAGCAGUGAUAAUAUUAGCUUAGCGAGGAAGAGUUUUGGCUGUGUCGCGACACCCGCGUGUGACGUUACCAAAACUCCUCUUGGUUCUACUAGGUAUCUCCUAGGAUCCGAACCGGUUUCUUUAUCCGGGUCUACGGGUGGUGGUAAGGAUACGGUUGUAGCGGAGGAGGGUGAAGCUUCUUUGCCAAAAAGAGGCUCUGGUGCUGCCGACGAAGAGAAGAUGAACAAGACUUCUUCUUCUGGUUCAGACCAGCAGGCAAGUAAAGUUGUUGUUCUUAGAGUGUCUCUUCACUGUCACUGCAGAGGCUGUCAAGGCAAAGUGAAGAAACAUCUAUCCAGAAUGCAAGGUGUGACAUCCUUCAGCAUAGAUUUUGCGUCAAAGAAGGUUACUGUGACUGGAGACAUCACUCCCUUGCAAGUAUUGGGUUGCCUCUCAAAGGUCAAAAAUGCCCAAUUCUGGACUACACCAGUAACACCACCUCCAUCAUCACUCCCAAGGGCAAAUCCGGAAAACUAG